GUUUCCUCGUUUUUGCUUGUUUAAUCCUUUGACCUAUUCCAUUUCGAACCCUCGAGUGGCUUUCCCUCCUACUCACCUGCACAAUCUCACCGCUCAUUGUUACUAGCUGGAAUCUGGUUCUCUUCGGAAUUCCUACGCGUCUCAACGGUAUCCUCCAGUGUCCAAUUCCCAACUAGAAACUAAAUAUCUAUAACGAAUGUCGGCGAAAAAGAGCAACAAGAAGGAGGUCGUCGAAGCCACUUAUGAAGUUAGGGAUGUUGUUUUAGGAAAAGUGAAAGGCUUUCCUUAUUGGCCUGGAAUGGUUGUCGAACCAGACAGCGUACCGACAGGUGUACGGCGAGAACGUCCGUCAAACAAAAAGACUGUGUUCUAUGUCGUUCAAUUCUUUCCUGCCGGUGACUAUGCUUGGUUGACCUCGAAGGAUAUCUCUAAACUUCAGAAGCACGAAAUUGAGGCGUAUAUCGCUGAACCUGCCAAAAAAUCCGGGGAUCUGUUGGCGGGCUAUCGCAUUGCACUCGACCCGACUCAGUGGGAAAAAAAUCGUGCUGCGCAAAUAGCAGGGGCAGAGGAGGAGGAAGAGGAGGAAGAGGGUCCAGAGCAGGUGGACGAGCUCGCUUCUGGUGGUGAGGACGAGUCGAGAGGCAAGAAAAGAAGAAAGAACACGUCCUCUGCUGUUGGCGGAAGCAAGAAGAGGAAAAAAGAAGAUUCAAGUUCCGUUUCUGCUGGAGGAAAGGGUAGUAAGAAGAGAGGAGAAAGCACCAGUGUUGCUGCAACGAAGAAGGGCGCUAAAGGCGGGAGGAAAAACGGAAAGACCAAGGUUAUGGUCGAGAGUGAGGAUGAAGGCGGAGCUGGAGCGGAGGAGGAGGAGGCCACUGGCGGUGCCAGUAAAAGAGAUACCCCUCCUGCAGCCAAGAAAGGUGGUAAAAAAGAUGAGAACGAGGAAAACGCAGACCCUGAGGCAGUGAAAGUACGCGAAUGGAGACACAAACUGCAGAAGACAUUCUUGAGUAACAAAACAGCCACACCUAAGGAAUCGGAGAUGCCAGCGAUGGACCACCUUUUCACCACGAUAGAAAAAUACGACAAGAUGGACAUCCAUUAUCUACAAUUCUCCAAAAUUGGGAAAGUUAUGCGUCACAUCGCCGCCCUGGCAAGCGAUAAGGUUCCAACAGACGAACAAUAUCAUUUUAAGGACAGGGCAAAGGCACUCGUUGACAAAUGGCAAGUCAUUCUGGCAAGUGUGAAAGAGGGAACAGUGAAUGGUACGACCGAUGGCGCUCCUACAACGAAUGGAAAUGGAAACCAGAGCACAAAUGUCAAACGUGGUGCCGGUGCUUCCCCCACUACCAAUGGUGCACGGAAGAAGGCUGCACCCAAUGGUGUCAACGAAGAUACAGAGACUGGGAUGAUGGGCGAUACGUCUGUCCUCGCGGAUGUGACUAUGUCGGAGGCUGGUAUCGAUGGUUGAUGUGGAACGCAAAGUUAAAGAAAAGUGACACCCGGCCCUCGUAGUGGUUAUGUUUCCCCUGUAUUUUUUGUUCAAGCCCCGUUCUUCCCCUCUUUUCCUUUUGUCACUGUCACUUCCCUUUUGUUCUCAACGUCUCUCGCCACGGACGUAACCUCCUACCUCUCAACUGUAUACUAACCAUAUACUUACCUAAUCCAAGUCUCUGUCACGUCGCUCACGCGGCUGCAAUUGGCCUCUUCUUACCCUUUGAUUUAUGCUUUUUUUUGCUGUCGUUUUACUUUUUAUUUCCUCUCCCGAUCUCCUCGUCUCUUCCGUAUUUUUUUUUGACCUUUGUUUUACCUCCAUCUCCCUUGAAAUAUCCUCAGCUCUCUCGAAUGCUCCAGAUCCAUGCCUUACAUGCCGUUAUCUGCAUGUGCAAAAUUGUAUACUCAGCAAUAAACGAAC